AUGUUGAAGAUUAAGGGAGCUGUUCCUGCAUCCAUAGAAAUGAAGGCUUAAAUUACUAGUCUCUUGAAUGUUGGACUUAUGAAUGAUCAAGGACCUAAACAUAUCCUGUAAAGUGCUUGCUCUGGAUUUAGUGGCUCUUGAGGGUGCAAGCUGUGUGCCACUCCCUGCUGUUACCUGACUUCCUGUGCCAUGGAUACUGAAUCAACCUACUCUGGAUAUUCCCACUAUUCAGGUCACUCCAGAAAAAUUCAAACACAAGGGGGCUGGGACAGGCAGAAAUCACCAUGGAAUAAAGUUGGCAGUCAUUCAGAGAAAUCUGUUACUAUCCAGACCCCACCUGGAGACUCCUUGUUGGAGAAUGAUUCUUCCCGAGCAGAUGAAAUACAAGAUGACAAUUGGGGUGAAACAACAACAGCCAUUACAGGUACUUCAGAACACAGUGUGUCCCAGGAGAAUAUUGCCAAGAUAAGCAAGGACUUGGAGGACAGCGGUAGCCUAGACCACAAACGCCAUCUCAUCUUAACUGUGGCAGCGGUCCUGGGACUUCUUGUUUUCCUUACUCCAAUUGCCUUUAUUCUGCUUCCACAGAUCCUGUGGAGAAGUGAGUUAGAGUCAUGUGGCACGGCUUGUGAAGGACUUUUUAUCUCUGUGGCUUUCAAACUCCUGAUCCUCUUGAUUGGUGCCUGGGCUCUGUUUUUUCGGCAGCCCAAGGCUAACCUCCCACGCAUGCUUGUAUUCCACACCCUCAUUUUGAUCCUCAUAUUUCUACUACUCUUUUCCUACUGGCUCUUCUAUGGUAUUCGCAUUUCGGAAUCUAAAGACAUCAGUUACCAGGGAGUUGUGCAGUUUGCUGUGUCACUAGUGGAUGCCCUGCUUUUUGUUCACUAUCUUGCUAUUGUGGUGCUGGAACUGAGACAGCUGCAACCAACGUUCACAGUCAAGGUGGUUCGAUCCACAGAUGGAGAAUCACACUAUUAUAACUUGGGACAUUUGAGUAUCCAGCAUGCUGCUUUAGUCAUUUUGGAAAAUUACUACAGAGACUUUGCUGUCUAUAACCCUGUGUUGCUAACAGUUUCCAAAACACGUGCAAUGAACCAUCUGGCAGGCCUGAAGGUCUACAGUGUGGAUGGGCUAGAAAACAAUGUCACUGAGCAGUCCAGGGCCAUGAUUGCUGCUGCUGCUCACUGGAGAGAUUCUGGUCAUAAUGAACUCUACAUUGAAGAAGCUGACUAUGAAAAAAGGGUUAGAAAACGUCGAGCAAGGCUUGUGAUAGCAGUUGAGGAAGCUUUCACCCACAUUAGGCGUAUACAGAUUGAAGAACAACAGAAAACUCCAGGGGAAGUGAUGGACCCGCGAGAGGCUGCCCAGGCCAUCUUCCCUUCCAUAGCAAGAGUGCUGCAGAAGUACCUACGAACUACACGGCAACAGCACUACCAUACCAUGGAGAGCAUCCUACAACAUUUGGCUUUCUGUAUUGCGAACAACAUGACCCCAAAGGCUUUUCUGGAAUGUUACCUCAGUCCAGGCCCAACCCUGCAGUAUGACCAAGAACAGUGGUUCUUCAAAACCUGGACACUCAUAAGUGAGGAAACCGCUACCAAAGGUUUAAGAGACGGUGUGGUGUUUAUCCUUAAGGGCUUGGACUUCAGCCUUGUUGUUAUGGUGAAGAGAAUUCCCUUUAUCAAACUCUCAGAGGAGUUCAUAGACCCUAAAUUUCACAAGUUUUCCUUUCACUUACAGCCUGAAACAUCAGUUUAAGGGACCUUGUAUGUUUGGGUAAGGAAAUUAGUAUUUCUGGCUUUAUACGUUCAGUCUAUGGAUUUGGGGGUUUUUCCCCUUUUUUUCAGUUUAUAAUGCACACGGGAUGGAUCGCAAAUAUUUUAACCAUGUGCACUUUAUUGAAAAAGAAGGAUAAGGGAGUUAGCUAAAAAAACACAGCAGUUCAUGGAUUGGCUUAAUGGGUUCAACUGGGCAUGAAUAGCUGCCAUUAGUUCUGCCAUAUUGCAAGCCAAUAUGAUUAUCUGUGGUCCCUGCCACAUGGCCACACAUUAACUAGCUCAUCACCAGUACUCCUGCCUGUAUUUUCUCUACAUAUAGUUUUCUGUAGAAUCUCAUUUCUUUGCACAGAAUCACAAAAAACAAUCAUUUGCUAUCUGCAAUUUGAAAUGCAAACUGUGCCUUGACAGUCCAGCUGCAGGAGGAUUGCUUGGUUUAAAGCGGCUCAUCUGCCUUCAUGUUUUGUUUGCCAGCAUUCAAUUUCAUAAUUUAAUCCCUCCUUCACUUUUUUGGUUGUGUUUUGUCAGUUCGGAGAUUACAAGCUUACAGUUUUUGAAAUGUCCUUGCUGUGGUUUUAUAAAGAUGUGAAAGAAAUUUGCAACAAUCUUACUGGUCUAGAUCUGCUGUGGAAAGCAUUGUGAUCAUUCUCGUAUUUCAGCAGGUCUGUUUAUGCAUCUUGAAAGGAAAUGGUUCUCCACCCAUUUGUAGAUUCAUUCUUUCAGCAUUUUCAGUAUUGUAGUUGCUUUGAGCAAUAAGUAAUGGUCCAUAUCCAAAAUAUAAAGGAAUACGUUUUUCAUUUUUGUACUCAAAUGUUUCUUUCGUACAUGCCUGCCUAUAUGUAUGUAUCAUACUACUUUUCCAAUCCUUAUAGGAUUUAUUUAUUAAUUUGAAUUUUGUCCAUUUCCACAAAUGGAUUUAUGCCAUUGCAGAAUAGUCACGAAGUGAAUCUUACAAAUAGAAAAACGGUGUAUAUCUCCUUCAUUUAAAAUCAAAGGAGACUCUUCUUUAUAAAGCUCUUAUGCCUAGCAAGAUAAAUUCUCUUGAAAGUCUCUCAAACUCUGGGAGUAUGAUUUGGAUUUGUUCAUUAUGAAUCUGUUAAAAGUCCAUGUGAUACAAAUCAUCUGUUCCAGCAAAUCAUCCAAAAUAGGCCAUCAUUUAACUGAAGCAAAGUGGCAUAAAUAGGAGGGAUUGGUGGGAGAAGAAGAUUAGAGACCUCUAGCCAUUUUAUCCAACUUGGCCUACAGGAAUUGGAUUUCAAAAAGUGAAAAAUGUAAACAAAAAAUGUUUUAAUAACAUUGGGGACCAAGUGGCACUGUGCCCAUGGGUCUGCAAGUUUCAGUUGGCCUUGAUAGUCAGCUGUAUUUCCCUUAACACCUAAGGAGUGGACAGUUUUGUACUUUGAGCAUGAACUAAAUCUUUCCUGUUUCUUUUAAGUGUCUUCAAACUCUGGAGCAAAUUAGGGACUGCCAUUUAUCUCUGCCUAAUUUUGGCACAUAUACAAGAAAGUAGAAAAGAACAAGUUCCAUCUCAGAGUUGUGUGGAGAACUCUGGAAAGGAGGGAGAGGGAACUCCACUUAGUACUCAGCAGUUGGGUGCAGAUGGUCAGCAGGGAGAGCCAAUGAGGGAGCGUGAUCACUUGGCUGUGAUCGCUUUUUUGUGGGCCAGUGUGAAUUAUUCUCUCUACUAGCCUCCAGGUUCUGCUGGCAGCUGCUCUUGGGUGGUAAAACUUAAUCGAUUUUAUUAAAAUUUAAGGGAUUAAGAAAAAUAUCUAAAUUUAAUGUUCCUGUUAAUAGGAAAGUAGUCCAACAAACAUACUGCCACGUAUGUCCCAGUCCAGAUAUGUCCAGCCUGUUACUGCUAACACUUUUGCCAUACAUUUGAAGGUUUAAUUGUGUUCCACUAACUUCAACAGAUGCAGUGAUGAAAUGCAACUAGGAAGAACAGAUGUACACCUCAGGACAAUGAAGCCUUUCUUAAGUUUUUAAGGAAUUUAAUUUGGAAUGAAAGCUUAUAAAUAAUAUAGAGAUCUACUGUUUGAACUUCAUGCUAUAUGUAUUUCUAUGCAUAAUGUUUUUCCUUUUUAAGACAGAAGAGUCUUCUUCUGUGUCUGUGUCUAAUAUUCCCUUUCAUUCUUCUAUUGACACUCUGUAAAAAAGCUGAGUUGCAUGAAGAACCGUACAACAUUGGAAAGGUGUCCUAGGAAAGCUUCUCCUCUGAACUAAUACUAUUUUUCUAUUCUAUUCACUGCUUACAAUUUAACAAAGCACAUCAGUACUCAGUUUAACUAGGGGUUGGGAUAAGAUGGGUUGAUGUAUUUAGUGGGCAAUGGUAUUAUCUCUUUCAAUUUCAUUUAAUUUCCCUGAUAGAUUGGAAACCCCUUUUAAAUGAAAGGAAGGGCUAUCCAGUAUGGUAUUUUAUUGUAUAUUUAUUUUAAUAUACCAAUUCCUAUUGCUGCCUACCCAUCAGACUCUAAUCAACUUAUAAAUUGAAACUUUAAAACAACAUAAAAGAUAUAACAUUAAACUAUUUCACUUGCUGUCACCAAUCAAAAAUAUUUCUUUCCACAUUCUUUCUGGAAGAAAACCAUUUUUAUCAUUUUCCUAAAGGAUAAGGAGAGUGGAGGCUAAUCUGAUGUCAGAGGACAAGUUGUUCCAGAAUGAGGAGGCUGCUGUUAAGGUUAUCUUCUGGCCCAUCUCCCUUGAUAUCUCGAAGAGGAUUACCUGCAGCAUCCUCUUCCAGCUAGAGCGGACAACUUCUAUCUGGAUAAUAAAGGCCCAAGCUGCAAAGAGCUUUAUAGGUAAUCACUAGCCAUGCACCUUGACUUGGGUCCCAAAGCCUACUGACAGUCAGUGCGGCUCCUGCCAAAUAGGUGUUAUUCUGUUGAAUUGGCUAGCACUGAUCAGCAAGCAGGCAGGUGUUUUCUGUGCCAGCUGUAGUUUCUGAAUUGUCUUCAAGGACAGUCCAUGUAAAUAAAUUAUAGAAAUUAAACAGAACAACAAGAGGUGCCACCUCCAUCCAAGUCUUGUUGCAUGUCAUGCACAAGAAUAACCAAUGUACUCUUUCAUUUUCCAGGCAAUAGUUUCUAGCAUACCAUACAUAAAAAGCCUUAUAAAGGCUUUUUGUUAAUCACUCUUUAGCAGGUUUCACAUUUUAAGAAAAUUCAGUCUAUACCACCAGUGUUCUGUGUUUCAGUCCUUGGCCUGGAAACAAUUGAGUAGUAGGGGCAGUGAGAGGAACUGACUGGGGAUGGUGGCCAGGGGGUUUUAUAUUGCUCAGAAUGGCCAUGUGGUUGAGUCAGCGAUCGUUACAAAACAUAAAAGAUCCAUCUCCAUGUACACAUCUGGGUGUGACCAGACUUAUCUAUUCUCUUAAAAAAAAAAAAAAAGCUGACACUAAGAAUUUGCACUUUGAGAAAAACAAUAAUAUAAUAUGGCUGCAGUAUUUUGUAUUUCUGGCACGCAGUAGUUUGCAUGAAUAAAUGAAAGUGUACAUUGCAGGGAGAAUAGAAUGGGGAACCUUUUUUUGGUUAACAUUUUUUCUUGAAGCUGGAAAUGUAAGCAUACACACAUAUAGGAUACAAUUAUCUACUUACCUGCUGGGUAGUUGCCUCUCGUUGUUUCCCCCUUUGCAUAUGUUUGUCAUAUAAAAGAGACAUGUAUAGGAAAUCAGCCUGAUGAUGAUUAAUCAUCAAAGUUAGGACUAGGAUACAAAUAUAUGCCUUUUGUUUUGUCUUGUCAUGGUUCUGCAGUAAGGCCACAUUUGCAUAUUUUGCAUGAAUAACCUUCGUGUGCCAUGCCAUGUAAGCCAAAGCAAUGCUUUCUGUUUCUUCUUGGACACACUACAGUAUUCUCACAGAACUUGGGGCAGCACUUACAGUACAUGCAAGUUCCCACUUAUACAGAUGUACCUCUGUGCAACCAGCCCCUACUUGUUGCUGAAAUUACUAUCAUGUAUAAUGGACUCCUCAGUUUUGAUAAUUUUAUGUGUCGUUUUCACAUGGGAUACUGCAAGAAUCUUUUUCUUUUAUGGAAUAGCUGUGUGUGUGUGUGUUCCAUAAAAUGAUUAUAUACACUGUAU